GAGAGAGAGGGCGGAGCUGAUGCUGUGAGAUGAGAAGGUGGAUUGGUGCUUGAAAGGAAGAGAGAGAGAAAGCAUUAUCGCUUGUGGACGCGCGCAGCGUCAUUCUCCUGUUUGCGCAAAUACACUGAAGUCACAACAGCAUCACCAAAAACGAAGAAAUUGUAUCCUCAUUCCGAUUCCGAGCGCUGAUUAAGGAGCUGUCUCUUACUUGGGUGUGGUCGCACAUAAGAUGAGGAUCCUUUUGUUUCUGCUAGUGCUCUGCUCCCUGGCUUUGAGCUACACUGUGGGUGGGGACGUGUGUGUUUCGGGUCAUGACAGUGGGCCAGUGUUUGAAGAGCAGCCAUCCAGUCUGAUUUACCCAGAGGGGCUGCCUGACGGCAAAGUGACACUUAAUUGCCAGGCAAGAGCCAGUCCUGCAGCCUCCUACAAGUGGCGUGUCAAUGGGACAGAUGUACUAAUAGAAGAAGACUCUCAAUAUACUCUGGUGGCAGGGAACCUGGUGAUCAGUAACCCCCAACAAGGACGUGAUGCUGGCUCAUACCAGUGCCUUGCCAUCAACCGCUGUGGCACUAUCAUUAGCCGAGCAGCUAACCUCAAAUUUGGCUAUCUCCACGACUUUCCUUCAGAAAGCAGAAGUCCUCAGACAGUAUUUGAGGGAGUUGGGACGUUUCUUGCAUGCCAGCCUCCACCUCACUACCCAGCUCUCUCCUAUCGUUGGAUCCUCAAUGAAUUUCCUAGCUUUGUCCAGCCAGAUGGUGGAAGGUGGUUUGUGUCCCAGGUGACAGGCAACUUGUACCUGUCCAAUGCCAAAGUCAAUGACACCGGCAACUACUUCUGCCUCACCACCAUAAACCUGGACAUCACCACUAAGAGCACAUUCAGCAAAGCCAUUCAGCUCACAGUGCACACUGAUGCUAACCCCCGGAAAUCAGCCCCCAACAUCCGUGUGCGCUUUCCCUCUGAGACUUAUGCUUUGGCAGGUCACACCACACAGCUGGAGUGCUUUGCCUAUGGCAAUCCUACACCUAAGUUGCGCUGGAGGAAAGUGGAUGGAGUUUUAUCCUCCAAAGUUGGAGCAAGUGCAGAAAGCUCUAUCCUGACCAUUCCUGACCUAAGCUUUGAUGAUGAGGGCAUGUAUGAAUGUGAGGCUUACAACUCGGAGGGACGUGAUAUACACCAGGGUCGCAUCUCUGUCCAAGCCCAACCAGAGUGGCUACAGGUGAUGAGCGAUUCUGAGGUGGAAAUUAGCUCAGAGCUACACUGGAGUUGUCUGGCUGCAGGAAAACCAAGACCAUUAAUACGCUGGCUUCGCAACGGCCUACCUCUUAGCUCACAGGAUCGUGUGGAGGUGAAUAAUGGUCACCUAAAAAUUAGUAACUUGGCACUGGAGGAUUCUGGGAUGUACCAGUGUGUGGCUGAGAACAAGCAUGGCACCAUAUACUUUAAUGCAGAACUCAGAGUUCAAGUUCAGGCUCCAGAUUUUAGGCUGAACCCAGUGAGAAAGCUGGUCCCUGCUGCUCGUGGAGGCCAGGUGAAGAUUGAGUGUAAACCACGUGCCGCUCCUAAACCCACUCUCUUCUGGAGUCGUGGCACAGAACUCCUUACCAAUAGCAGCAGGGUUACGGUAACACCAGACGGGGUUCUGUGGAUUUAUAACAUCAGCCGUGCAGAUGAAGGAAAGUACACUUGCUUUGCAGAGAAUUACUUAGGCAAAGCCAACAGCACCGGCCAUCUGUCAGUCAGAGAUGCAACCAAAAUUACACUGGCACCUUCCAAUGCUGACAUCAACCAGGGGGAUAAUGUCACACUACAGUGUCACGCAUCACAUGAUCCAACCAUGGACCUCACCUUCACUUGGUCCCUCAAUGGGGUUUUGCUAGACCUGGAGCAACCAAAUGGACGCUACCAUCGUAUGGAUGGGAAAGAAACCGUUGGUGACCUGAUCAUUAUGAAUGUACAAUUAAGCCAAGCAGGCAUCUACACAUGUACAGCACAGACGGUGGUAGACAGUGCAACGGCAUCUGCCAGACUGGUUGUUAGGGGUCCUCCUGGGCCUCCUGGAGGUUUGGUGGUUAAGAAUGUGAAUGAAACAUCACUGGAGCUAAGGUGGAGUCGUGGCUAUGACAACCACAGCCCCAUCGGGAAAUAUGCCAUCUUGGGCCGUUCUGAGCACUCACAUGACUGGAGGAGAAUGAGGACAGAUCCUGCUAAUAUCGAGGGCAAUGCUGAAUCUGCACGUGUGAUUGACUUACGUCCAUGGAUGGACUAUCAGUUCCAGGUCAUCGCCAGCAACAUUUUGGGUAGUGGGGAACCCAGCAUGCCUUCACAAACAAUUCGUACCAAGCAGGCAGCACCAACAGUGGCACCUAGUGGUCUGGGUGGAGGAGGAGGAGAUCGCAAUGAGCUCAUCAUCACAUGGACACCCAUGGCAAGGGAGUAUCAAAAUGGUGAUGGCUUUGGGUACAUCUUGGCAUUUAAGAAGUCAGAGGCACCAACAUGGAUGGUGGUGCGUGUUCCUAAUGUGGAGUCUUCACGUUAUGUCUACAGUAACCAGAGUCUCAUGCCAUACUGCCCCUUUGAAGUUAAAAUAAAAGCCUACAACAGGAAAGGUGAAGGCCCUUUCAGUCAGAUAGCCUUGGUGCACUCGGCUGAAGAGGAGCCCACAGUGUCACCCCGCAAGAUCAAUGCCUCAGCAUUAACAGCCUUUGAAAUACAGGUGUCUUGGGACGCUGUUCAGCAUUUCGUCAGCAAUGGAGUACUACGUGGCUAUGAGAUCCGGUACUGGCGGCAGCAUGAGAGGGAAGCUGCAGCAGACCGUGUGCGUACAGCUGGUCUGGAGAAUACAGCACGGGUGGCUGGAUUAAGACCCAACACACUUUAUCACAUCACUGUUCAGGCCUAUAACAGUGCUGGCACUGGGCCACCCUCUCCACGCACCACUGUCAUCACCAAGAAACCCCCCCCUAACCGUCCUCCAGGGAAUGUUUCGUGGAAGACAGAUGGUUCAUGGGUAACAGUAAGAUGGGAUCAUGUUAAAUCUAUGGAAAAUGAGUCUACAGUGCAGGGCUACAAAGUCUUAUACAAGCAUGAGGGACAGUCAGCUCUAAAGGUCUUAGACAAAAGCAAGACAUCAAUCAGUCUUCCACUUCCCAAAGAUAAUGGCUAUGUGGUCCUGGAAAUCCGAUCUUGGGGAGAGGGAGGUGAUGGGGCAGCUCACGAGAUAAUAGUAUCUCGAGAUUCAGGAACUGGAAUGAUGGUUCAGAACAACAGUGUGGGAACCUCCAGAUGCCACAGCAUAUUAUUUUUGCUCUGCCAUGCUAUGGUUGUCAUUGUAACUGGCUUAUCGGUGCUAUGAUUAGCCAGUACAAAUGUAAUACCCCACAGAUACUGGCUGGUUACACGCCAGGUGGGUCGUGACUUUAGGAAGUGGGGACUCCAAUUAAGGGGGGGGGGGGGGGAGUGCCUGGGGUUUAAUUACAAAAUAUGACAAACAUCAUUUGACUUACACUUUUGUAUAAAAAAAUAUUUUUAACAAGAACAACUAGUGUUCAUUUUAGUCAUCAUUAGACUUAAUUGAUAACUGGCGCAUUGAUUUUUACCGGACAAGAUCAAUAGACUUACACUGGGCCUCAUUUAUCAGUUUUUCAAUAUAGUUUGUAUAUAUUUCCUUAAGUCUAUCUGAACUAAAUUAGUGUCAGAAUAAGCCCAAAGACACCACAAGAUUACACAGCAAAUUAAUCAAUCUUCAGACACAUGAGACCUAUCAGGCCCUUACUGGUAGUGGCUCUAAUAAAGAGUAGCAUUAAAUUGAGAUAGCAUGGAAAAUGUUAUUUCCCGUGUUUAAAUUUGUGUAUACCUAUAUAUAGCAUAACCUGAACCAUAUAAUUUCAAACCACUCAGUUGAGGUUUAAAGAAAUUAGUCUUCUAAUGGGAAGAUUUACACAUUCAUUAACAUGUGUAAGAUAUGAAAAUUUUGGGGGAAAUUAUAGCAUUUUCUUGAAUACCAAUUUUAUUGUAGAAAUUCAGUUCAAUUCAAGUUUAUUUGUAUAGCGCUUUUUACAAUAGACAUUGUCUCAAAGUAGCUUUACAGAACAUAAACAUAGAGCAGAAGGUAAACAUAAUUAAUGAUAAAGGAAAUAACGAAUAAUAAAAGUAAAAGAAUUGACAGAAUAAAAAAUUCUAGAUUAUUGAAAUGCUCCUAUGAAGGUUUUACAUAUAAAUACUUUCUUAUCCAACAUGAUAAAUGAGGCCCAAUGUUGGGAUAAUAUGUUCAUCAUGGUAUACUGACACCAUGUGAAUCACCAUGUACAGUAGAUAAAUGCUCUUUUUUAUAAGUUGUUGCCAGUGUUUGGCAGCAUGAGGAUUGUAUCUAAAUGAGUAUUCAUAGGAAAGUUUACUUUACAUAGCCAAUACAAACUGAACAGCGUCAACUUCUUCCUACAAUGUGCACCCAAGUGAGUGUGUGUGAGACUGGUUAAGGUUGCCAUAGACACAAUGGUUCAACAAAAUAAUGUCUGAUAAUAAAGGCGGUAUGGCUUCUGAGGUAUCUUAUUAUCUUUAUACAUCAGGGUUAUUUAGUUAUCAAAACCAAUUUUAUCACAGUUUCUUUAUCAAGUGUUAUGUAAAAGAAUCAAUAACCAGAAAUAAAGUGUUUGCCAGACAUGUUGUAAAAAGUCCUUGGAGUCUGAUGUUAUACAAUGCAGUGGGUUAGAGUGCACUUCAGUUAAUCAUCUUACUGUGGUAAUAUUUAUGGCACUAUUAUUCAUCUUAUUUAUGUGCCGUAUAGAUUUGCACAUGCAUGGCCUAGUUGUGAAGAAAGAUUUACAGACAAACAGGAAAAAUCAUAAUUUUCUGUUAUUUCCAAUAUUGAUCAGAUCAGGACUACCCCAGUAUAAUGUUACCAGAGCAGGAUUUAUAUUAUUUAUUUAUUUAUAGUUUUUUAUUUUUACCUGCACUUUCCAGAUCAGAGAUACAGUACUUUUAUUUACCUGUCUUGCAUUUUGAAACAAAUCAGACAAUCUAUAAGUAUUCGAUAUAACUACAUUUACCAUGAAUAUGAGCUAUAGAUAUACAGGGUCAAUUUACAAUUGUACAUCAUAGCAAAGCCUAAUAUAACCAUUUUCUUGUCACUGCAUAAAAACAGUUUUUAUUUAUUCCAAUUAAUUAUAUAUUUUUGGAAACUUGAAUAAUCAGGGUAGUCAUGAUCCACACACGUGUAAAAUGUUUAACUAGAAAAACGGUACUCAUUUAUCUUCUGUGUCCAGUUUAUUCCCCAAUUAAUUUGUCUAGUCAUAUUCACUAAAUAACUCAUAUUCCUUCUUCAUUUUCACUCAGAGUACAUUAGCGACACCAUUUAGAGACAGCAGGGACCAAGUACUAAAUUCAUCUAGACAAAAUAAAAUCUUGUAUUUGAGAAAAUUUCUUGAGAGAAUUCCAAAAAUUAAAUGUGCAGUAGGCCUCAUGUGUUUUAUUUAUUAUUAUCAUUGUGAUUCACAUAGUUUUUUUCAUGCUAACCUAAAAUCAGUUAAUUGCAGCUACAGAACAAACAAAAAAAAACAUAAAUUACAUAAAGCAUUGGUUACAUUUCAAUAAAAUGAAUCAACCUCCAUAUUUAGUGUCAUUUGUUGUUACAAUGGGUUAACAUUUUGAACUACUAUAUAUUGUAAAUAUCUGGUUGACAAUGUCCAGUGUGAAUUGAAUGAGCUUUUCAUGAAAUGGAACUUGUAAAUAUUCUUCAAUAAAGACGGUCUGAUUGUA